AUGAAACGUAUAACAGAAGCCAAUUUGAUAUUGAAAAAGGACUGGGAUUAUACACUUCUUUCAACAAAGUUAGAAAAUAAAUAUGAAGAAAAUGUUAAUAUGCAUUUUGUGAUGACACGUGUUUCCAGAGGUGUUUAUGCAGUAAGCGGAAAUUUGACCAUUGCAGCAGAUUACGCUAAUGAAAAAAUUAUGAUUUCAUUAGAUAUAUUGAGAAGACCAAAUAAUGGGUAUGAAUACAAACCUUCGCCCCUAAAGUUUCCAAAGCACGAUUUUGUAACGUUUUUUAACACUGUUUAUAAGCAAGUAUUUAUGAAAGAAUUUCAAAAUUGUUCAAAUUUUCCCGUAUUCGAGGGAGAAUUCGAUGCGAAAAAAUGGGCUAAAAAAGGAACCUUUUAUCAUUUCGAAAACUGUGAUCCUGGCAGAGAAGCAGCAUACCCAAAUCAUAUGAAUCCAGGAGUAUACAAACUUAUUAUUUUGAUUGAAGGGGAUCCAUUGGUUAAUAUAAAAAUUACUUUAGAUUUUAGUAUAUUCUCCAAACUGGAUUUCUAA